AAAGUGAAUGAGUGAGAAUCAUGUGAGUUGAUACACUCUCUCUCUCUCUCUCACUUUGAAUCAAAAGCAACAAACUUGUUAAACCCAACAGCCCCUUUUAGUUUGUUUAGGGUAUAUUUGAGCUGUGAGAGCUUCUUCUUCUUCUUGUUGUUGGUUUCAAUGGCUUCAAGUGCUUCGAGGUUCAUCAAGUGUGUGACAGUAGGAGAUGGGGCUGUGGGGAAGACCUGCAUGCUUAUUUGCUACACGAGUAACAAAUUUCCCACUGAUUAUAUACCCACAGUUUUUGAUAACUUCAGUGCAAAUGUGGUAGUUGAAGGCACCACUGUCAACUUAGGCCUCUGGGACACGGCUGGGCAAGAGGAUUACAAUAGAUUAAGGCCAUUGAGCUACAGGGGGGCAGAUGUCUUUGUCUUAGCCUUCUCAUUAGUUAGUCGUGCAAGCUAUGAAAACGUACUGAAAAAAUGGAUCCCUGAACUUCAGCAUUAUGCCCCUGGGAUUCCCGUGGUGUUGGUUGGUACCAAAUUGGAUCUUCGUGAGGAUAAGCACUAUUUGGCUGAUCAUCCUGGAUUGGUGCCUGUGACAACUGUACAGGGUGAGGAACUCCGUAAACAGAUUGGUGCUGCAUAUUAUAUAGAGUGCAGCUCAAAAACUCAGCAGAAUGUGAAAGCGGUUUUCGAUGCUGCAAUCAAGGUGGUUAUCAGGCCAGUACAGAAGCAGAAAGAGAAGAAGAAAAAGCCACACCGUGGAUGCCUAUCUUUCACCUGCAGAAAUGUCCUUCGUGGGAGGAGUUUCGUGUGUCUCAAAUGAAAGCAUAUACUUGAUAAUUUCCACCUUAGCCAUGUCACCUAGAAGCUUUUCAUUGCAGUCAGGCUGCAAGGAUCCCGUUAGUCUGAUUUCCCAUGCAGUGUCUGAACUGAAGUAUAUCCAAGCAUAGUUCUUUGUAAAAGUCACCUGCUCUGUGGCUAUGUUCAUUUAUUUUCAUUUUCGAUUUUUAUUAUAAUUAUCAGGAAAUUGGUAUAUCCCUGGACACUAAUAUUUGUUUUGUUUGUUCAUUGUAAAGAAUUGAAUUUCAAAGUUUUUUUUUUUUUUCUUUUUCUCAAACAAUAGUCUGCCCUGCUUCAUUGGUUCUACUCACUAUACAGUCACGAAUCAAAUUAGCUGUAAGAGCAAGAAAUGAUGCUUCUCAAGAUGAAAUUGUUGGUGUUCAGCUGUUCUCUGAUCUCUUGUAUUUGUUUGAUAUUUUAUGAAGAUAAUACACCAACUGCACUGUUUACUUUUUAA